AUGGCGGACGGCAGACCCCAACAACGGGCACAGCCUGCCUCCAACAACUAUGACGCUUCUUCUCUCAGCCGCCAGUUCGAACAGUUAAUGCGCACAAAACGUUUCAACCAACUUCAAGAAUCGCGAUCGGGUUCUCAGUCGCCUGCUCCCGUCGCCAGUCCUAGCAUCCCGCCACCAACUAGAGCACCACCACCGCCGCCCUUCGGCGCUUCGCAACACCCUUCAUCUCAACCACCAUCCACUCCCAAGUCACACGCUCUUCGCGGUCUACCAAUUAUGCCUUCUCCGCCACAGGAUCCCGCCUCCUUAAAGUUCUUCAAUCUAUUAAAUGGUCUCUCCGUCACACCCACCAAGUAUGAGAACCCAGGUCUACUCGACGAUGCCCUUUCCGUCAUCCCGCUCGAUCGUCUCUAUUCCGAGGCCGAGGAGGAGAGUCAGAUUAUGCAGGCUUCAGCUGCUAGUAUGGGAGGAAAGCCAGAAUGGGGUUACCAAGAUUGUGUGAUCCGAGCAUUACUGAGUCCAGACGAAACCGCCCGAGGAGCCGCCCGAGUCGAACUGUACCGUUGCUCCGAGGCCAGCUGUGGCGCCUAUGAACGAUUCCCUCGCUACUCGGAUGUUUGGCAAUUACUCCAGACCCGUCGAGGUCGAGUCGGCGAGUGGGCCAACUGUUUCAGUAUGUUUUGUCGCGCGGUCGGAGCUCGAGUUCGUUGGGUGUGGAAUGCGGAGGAUCACGUCUGGACCGAAGUCUACUCAGAGCACCAACGACGCUGGGUACACGUGGACGCAUGCGAAGGAGCUUGGGAUCAGCCUCGAAUUUACGCCGAAGGAUGGGGUCGCAAGAUUUCAUACUGCAUCGCCUUCUCGAUCGAUGGUGCGACCGAUGUCACUCGUCGCUACGUUCGCAGCGCCGCCAAGCACGGUGGCCCCCGUAACCGUGCGCCCGAAGAAGUUGUUCUUUGGUCGAUUCACGAGAUCCGACGAAAGCGCCGCGAGAAUAUGUCCAAAACUGACCAGGCUCGCCUGAUCAAGGAGGAUGAGCGUGAGGAGCGUGAAUUCCGAGGUUAUACUGCUUCCGCCCUUGCUGCCGAAAUCAACAAUCUUCUGCCGCGCAGCUCGACUUCCCGCGCUCACGAGCAGAAGCACGCCGAUGCACGACAGGAGGCCAACUCCGAGUGGCUUGCCGCUCAAGGCCACGGCCAUUCUGGACCUGAUCGGUCACCUGGCGGACGGUAA